GCGACCCACACCCCACACAAGCAGCACCGCAGGGGCAGCAGCUUGCAAGCGGUGCGCAGUACAACCAUGGCAUCCCGCAUAGCUACUUCUUGCCUAGCAGGACCACUGCGGCAAGCCCGUCUAGCCCGGCCGCGAUUGCACCCGCAGCUACGCCGUGAUGGCAACCGUCCAAGCCGCGUCCGCAGUUGUCGGAUAGAAUCGUGUUCAACGUCAACAACCGGAGCUCCACCACCGUCAUCAUCGACAGCAGCGUCAUCAUCAAAGACACCAACACCGCCCCCGCCCCCGACUGGCAAGAAGACGAGCGUCAUGGACGUCGUCAAGAUCCGCCGUCGGGGAGAGAGGAAGGUCACGAUGGUGACCGCCUACGACUAUCCGUCCGCGGUGCACGUCUGUCGCGCUGGCAUCGAUAUCUUGCUCGUGGGAGACUCGGUGGGCAUGGUCGAGCUGGGCUACGACACCACGCAGCCCGUCACCGUCGAGGACAUGCUGCAUCACUGCAAGGCCGUGGGCAGAGGCGCGCGCACGCCACUGGUGGUCGCGGACAUGCCAUUUGGCAGCUACGAAGUGUCGCCGAAAGAAGCGCUACGAACCGCCAUCCGGUUUGUCAAGGAGGGCAACGUGGACGCGGUAAAGCUUGAGGGGGGAAAGAACCGUGCCGAGCACAUCCGAAAGGUUGUAGACGGGGGGAUCGCUGUCAUGGGACACGUGGGACUGACGCCUCAGGCGAUCAGCGUCUUGGGAGGGUUCCGUGCUCAGGGGAGAACGGCGGUCAAGGCGAGGCAGAUCGUGGACGACGCCUUAGCCGUGCAGGAGGCCGGCGCCUUUGCGGUGGUGGUGGAGUGCGUUCCGUCCCCGGUGGCGAAGGCCGUCACCGAGGCGCUGGAAAUCCCGACGAUCGGGAUCGGUGCCGGGUCUUGCACUAGUGGCCAGGUGUUAGUUUACCAUGACAUGCUUGGGAUGCUCCAGCACCCGCACCACGCCCAGUUCGUCCCUCGAUUCUGCAAGAACUACGCCAGCGUUGGCGAAGAGGUGCGCCGAGGGCUUGAAAACUUCCGGCGGGAGGUGGAGGGCGGCGUCUUCCCGCAAGAGGAGCACAGCCCCUAUAAGAUGCCGGCUGGAGAAGAGGAGCAGUUCAAGCGGCUCCUCGCCGAGGAUGAGCGCGAGCGACUGGAGCGGCUGGCGCUGAAGAAGAAAGCCCUCGAGGAGCAAGACGAGUACGAGACCAUCAGUAAGGACGACGAUAGUGGCGUAGAGGGGCCUUAUGGGGGAGGAGGAGGCUCCAAACGAUAGGGGAUGACCAUAAAGGCGCGAUAGACGCCAUAUAGCUGAUACAUACGCAUCUGAGAGACUCGCUGAAGGUAGGUUGUCGCCACCGUAAAGUAGGCAAUGAUGGGAUGGGUGCAAAAGCAGCAAUGGCAAGAGCGGUCUUCGUAAGCGACAACAUCGCGGCCGCGGACCCGCUGCAUGCAUGUAGAGGAGAAAACCAGGAAGGGUUGGGAUGGCCCACACAGCAGUUCCCCUCGUCAACCUCCGUCGCGUUCGGCCGCGCCUAUGACGCGCCUUGUUUUUUUUUCGAUGCGGUCGUUUAGGGACAGAAUACUGCAGGAUGGAUGAGUUCUUGUUUGCUGAGGCAUCUUCCAUGUGCAACUCCUCAAGCAUGCUUGUAUAUCUUUCUUGUCUCCUUGCUGAGGCAUGCGUAUGCGUGCAGCCCCCCAAGCAUGCUUGUUUCCCAUUCGAUUUUGGUUCGAUUCGAAAGGAGCCUGCCUGUCCAUAGGUCGUCGUGAUUGUGUUUGGUUUUCAUGAGCGCGUCUCGUCCCACGGGAAAAGUCGAGUGUUCCGCAUCAUUACCUUUGUGCGGGUUGCUCGGGUGUUGUGCUGCGGCUUCGCUUUGUGCUUUGCCAGCUUGGCUGUGGACUUGAAAACAAUGUUCGGGUUAUUGACUUAUUUUCUUGCGGUUUUCCGGGGG